AUGAAGCAUUUCGGUGGCAUCCCCCUUUUGGUACUCUUCGUAAAUUUAUAUAUUCACCAAAAUGUUGUGAGCAACGAAAUUGUUAAUUUGAAAAAUCCCAACUUGAGGAACGGAUGGGCAGGAAAAGACGUAACACUCCAGGAUGAGCAAAACGGUUUAAACGCAGAAGACGGUGAUGAGACAGACCCAAACGGAAGCCACAACGAAUUGCUACAAAAAUCGGGAAAAGCUGAACUGCAGAUGCAGGCACAAGAUAGUGAUAGUAAAGAAGACAUAAAAACAAAAAUAGAUGAAUUAGUUAAUAAAGCAGAAGCAGCAAAUACAAAAGCUGAUACUGCAGUAACUGAAGCAGAAAAAUUAUUAAAAACAGCAACAGAAGCAGAAAAGCAAAUAAAAGUGGAUGAAGAAAAAGAAACAACAGCAGCGACAAAAGCUAAAGAACAAGCGGAGAAAGCAUUUGCAGAGGCAAAAAUAAAAAAAGAAGAAGCAAAAACAAAAAAAGAAGACGCAAAAGCAAAAGCAAAAGCUGAUGAUGCAAAGAAAAAAUCGGAAGAGACAGAUGAAGCAGAAUUGAAAGCAAAAUUGGAAGAAGUAGAAAAGCUCGUUGGACAGGCAGAACAAGCAGCGAGUGAUGCAGAGAAUGAACAAAAAAAAGCAGAAUGGGCAGCAAAAAUAGCGGAAGAAUUAAAAAAAGCAUAUGAGGCAAAAAAAAAGGCAAGGGAGUCAAAAGUCGCAGCAGAAAACGCAAAAAAUGAUGCAACAAGUGCCGCUUCAGGCUCUAAGGUACAAAAAGUAACAGAAGCAAUUAAAAUAGCAGACGAUGAGAUGCAAACUGCAGCAAAAAAUGCAACGGAAGCAGAAGGGGCAGAAAGAAAGGCAGAACAAGCAGCAAGUGAGGCUAUAAAUGCCAUAGAACAAAAAGUUGAUGCACAGAGUAAAGUUAAUGUAGUACAAAAUGAGGCAGAUGCAGCAUCCAAAGCAGCCACAGCAGCGAAAAAUGCUCAAACAAAAGCCGAGAUAGCAGUCUUUGUGGUAAAAACAGAAGUUUCAAAAGAAGAAGCCGUAAAGUCUGCCAACGCAGCAGAGGAAGCAAAAACGAAAGCUGAAGAAGUAGCAACAAAAUCUGAGGAAAUAAAAAUAACUAACGUAACUAAAUCGGAAAAAGUAAAAUCGGCAAAAAGUGAAGCAGUGAAUCAAGCAGCAGCAGCAGACAAGGCAAAAAAAGAAGCAGAGGCUGCAGCAAAUAGUGCAGACAAAGCACAAACAUCAACAAAAGGUAUAGAUAACGAAACCACACUAAGCACAGCAAAAAAGGAGGCAGAGACUGCAGCAAGUAAUGCAGGCAAAGCACAAACAGAUGCAUCAACUGCACUAGCAAAAGCGAAGAAAGCACAAAUUGAAACAGAAAUAGCAGCCGAAGUAGUAAAAGCGGAAAAGGCAAAAAAAGAUGCAAGCAGUGAUGCAGAUGCAGCAGUAGAAGCAAGGAAAAAAGCAGAAAGUGAAGCAGAAAAGGCAAAAUCGAACGAAGUAGCACAGGAAGCAGCCCAAAAGGCAAAGGAACAAGAGGCAGAAGCAUUAAAAGCAAAGGGAAAUGCACAAACUGCCUCAGACCAAGCGGAAAAGGAAGCAGAAGGCGAUGGAACAGAAGAUAAAUUAGCUAAAGUUAAAGAAAAAGAAAAAGAUGCAUCUAAUGCAGCAACUGCAGCUAAAAAUGCCAGAACAACAGCAGAAAUCGCGGCAGAAGUUGCAAAAGCGCAAGCAGCUAAAACAGAAGCGGAAGCUGCAAAGGUAGCAGCAAAUGCAGCGAAAGAUGAAGCGCAAAAAGUAGCAGACGAAUCCAAAUCAGCAGAAGCACAAAAGGCAGCGGAAAAGGCAAGCGAGGCGGCUACAACAGCAGGAGAAAAGGCAGCCGAAGCCGCAAAGGUAGCAGACGAUGCGACAUCUGUUUCAAAUACAGCUACAUUAUCAACAAUGCAAGAAAAGGCGAACAAAGCGGUAGAACAUGCAAAGGAAGCCAAGAAGGCGCAAACAAAAGCGGAGUUGGCAGCGGAAGAAGCAAAAGCAGAAGCAGCAAAGAAAGAAGCCCAAAAAGCGCAAGAAGCUGCUGAUGCAGCAAAAAAAGAAGCAGAAGAAAUAGCGAAAAAGGAAAAGGUAGAUGCAAAGGCUGUAGCUGAAGCCACGAGUGCAUUGGACACAGCAAAAACUAAGGCGAAGGAGGCAAAAGAUAAAGCAGGUGAUGUAUCAAAGGAAGUAGAAAAAGCAGAAAAAGAAGUGGAAAAAGUGGUAGGUGAUGACGCACAAAAAUCAGAAAUAACAACAGCAGUAAGCGGCAUCAAAGGAAAAACAUCAGAAGCAGUCCAAGCAGCCAAAGACGCGAAGAAAGCAAAAGAUUUAGCGGAAAUUGCACUAAACGUUGUAAAAGCAGAAGUGGCGAAUGAUAAGGCAAAAAAGGCAGUCCCCGCAGCGGGAGUAGCAAAAGAAGACGCAAAAAAAGCAGCCGCAUCAGCAGAGCAACCGAAAAAGGAAGCAGAAUCUGCGGAGGAGGGCGCGGAAAUUGCAAAAGAGAAUGAAAUAGAAGCAGGACAAAAGGCAAAAGAGGCAGAGGAUAACGCGGCUGUAGUGCAAGCAAAACUGCUCAUAGCCGAGCAAGAAUUAAAGAAUGCGAAAGCAGAAAACGACACGGAAAAAUUCCAAAGCGCAAAAGCAAAUGCCCUUGCGGCGGCAGAAGAAGCAGUCAAGAAAGGCCAGGCAGCGGAAGCUGCAGCUAACGCGGCGACAGAUAAAGCAAAGAAAGCCGCAGAAGCUGCUGAAAAAGCAAAAAAGGCAGCAGCAGAAUCAGCCUUAAAGAAAAAACUUAAAGUUCUAGAAAUUGUGAAAAAGUACUCCAAACGAGGCUACAAUGUGGUCGAUAAUGACGAGCAGGUGCUAAACGAAGUUGACGAACAGGCAAGCGAAGCGAAGGAGGAAGAGGAUGAAGAUGAAGCAGACGAUUCAGCAUCGAGCGAUGUAGAAAUUGAGGAUGAUGAAGAGGAAGAAGAGGAGGAGGAUGAAGAAGUGAAGGAAGAGGAAGGGCAAGCACAAAGCAGUGCACACCAGAACAGCGUAGCCGAGUUAGAAAAUCAAAAAAAAGAAUCCCAAGAAAAGAGUGAUGAACCACCAAGUGACAACAACGCCCAAGCGCUCCUCUCAGACAACUAUAAAAAUUUUACGGACUUUAAAAAAAAAGCUGAAGAUUUGACCAAAAAUAUAAUUAACACAAUUGACGGCGACGCCGGAGUCAUAGACACGCUCAAGGAUUUCGCGAACGAUGUGAAUCAGUUCAUUUUGAACAUGUAA